GCUCUUGGUCGCCUUCCCUUCCCUUGCGGGACUGGAUAGAGAGUGGUCGCUUAGGCACCGUUGUAUACUAACUAUUUAUAUGCAUCGAGGCCAUUCAAGGAGGUGAGGCGAACACCAUACGGCUCUAUGGUCAGAACAUACAUCCUGUCCUCACUUCACGCGCCCAGAUGGCCUUGUGGGACUCUGCCAGAAGCCAAAGCUUCGUUGUUAGAGGAUCGAUCAUUCCGAUUCUCGUCCGUCUAGGGGCAAUUGCUGUGAACAUCUUUGCUGUUCCACUAAGCACUCUAUUACGAGACACUGAGCACCAAUAUGCCUUGACACAGGGAUCACCCUCCUUCAGGUCAGCCCAGGAGACUAUCGUUGUCCUUGCUACAGAAGUUCAGAUCUUUCAACGUCUUUCCAGAGAACGUGUACUAAAUCGAGAUCAUCGGACCUCCCCUGUACCACGAAUCUUGGUAAUCCAGCACAGGACCCUUUCAGUCAGGUUAAAAGCCGGCACGCUGCCCUUGCUGAGCUGACGGGGUGCCUGCGCCUACGCAUGGGGGACGUUCUGUCUCCACAAGAGAAACGCACAAUCGCCCUUCUCACUGCUUAUCAUAAGAUGCAAUCUGUGGUCCUCGCGGUUUCCCUAUCUCCAUUCGAAGUUGUAGCC